CCCUUCUUAACUGCGGGUUGCGCCAUCAAGUUCUCCCUCUUCCUCCAUCUCCUCCACUUCAUCCUCCCUCCCCCACAAUAAUACACACUUCGUUCAUACAACUCACUCACACACGUACACUUCCCUUCACCCAAUACACAUACAUACACUCUCUCUCCAUCGCCCAGCAUGAAGAUCACUUUGACUGCCCCGUUCCUCGCGCUCCUCGCUACCAUCUCUGUCACUAUCGCUUCCCCCAUCUACGACACCACUGUUGUCGAUAAGGGCGCCGCGCCUCUGAUCUCCACCACAAGCUCUGCCGAGCACCAGAUCCCCAAUAAUUACAUCGUUGUCUUCAAGAACGGUGUGGACCAUUCCAAGGCCACUGAGCACCACGACUGGGUCGCCAACAUUCACAGCUCCUCGCUACGAGGGCUGAAGAAGCGUAGCCAGGAGCCCAUCCGCAACGCCAAUGCGCCCAGCUGGAUGGACGAGAUUGAGGCCCUGGUCGGUCUCAAGCACACGUACAACAUCCCCGGCGGCAUGAAGGGUUACUCCGGUGCCUUCUCGGACGAGGUUUUGAGCGAGAUCCGAAAACACCCUGACGUUGCCUACGUCGAGAAGGACUCCAUUGUCUACGCGCUCGAGAACCCGGUUACCGAGAAGUCCGCCCCUUGGGGUCUCGCCCGUAUCUCGCACCAGAAGCGUCUGAACUUUGGAAACUUCAACAAGUACGUCCACCAGGCCAACGGUGGUGAGGGUGUCGACGUUUACGUCAUCGACACCGGCACGAACGUCGAGCACGUCGACUUUGAGGGUCGCGCCAAGUGGGGCAAAACCAUUCCUGCUGGCGAUGCCGAUAUCGAUGGAAACGGACACGGAACUCACUGCUCUGGUACCGUCGGUGGCAAGAAGUACGGUGUCGCCAAGAAGGCCAACAUCUUCGCCGUCAAGGUGCUUCGCUCCAACGGAUCGGGUACCAUGUCCGACGUCGUCAAGGGUGUCGAGUGGGCUGCCGAGGCGCACAUGAAGAGGGAGGCCGAGAAGGACGCCAACUUCAAGGGUUCCGCUGCGAACAUGUCGCUCGGUGGUGGCAAGUCGCCGUCGCUCGACAUGGCCGUCAACGCUGCCGUCGAGGUCGGUAUCAACUUCGCCGUCGCUGCCGGUAACGACAACGCCGAUGCUUGCAACUACUCCCCCGCUGCCGCCGAGAAGGCCGUCACCGUCGGUGCCUCCACCCUCGACGAUCAGCGUGCGUACUUCUCCAACUACGGAAAGUGCACCGACAUCUUCGCGCCCGGUUUGAACAUCUUGUCCACCUGGAUCGGCAGCAAGUACGCCAUCAACACCAUCUCCGGUACCUCGAUGGCCUCUCCUCACGUCGCCGGUCUUUUGGCCUACUUCCUGUCCCUCCAGCCGAAGGCCGACUCGGGCUUCUUCACCCAGCUCAAGCCCGCCCAGCUCAAGAAGAACAUGAUCGCCAUCGGAUCCCAGGGUGUUCUGUCUGAAAUUCCCUCGGGCACCCCCAACAUCCUCAUCUACAACGGUGGUGGAAGCGACAACCUGUCCGAGAUCUUCCACGGCAAGCCCUACGUCGCCACGCCUGAGGCCGUCGAGGACGAGGUCGUCACUCUCGCCGAGAAGGCCGUCAGUGAGACCGAGAAGAUGCUCGAGAAGCUGGAGUCCGAGGCUCUCGGCGAGGUCAAGGCUGCCUUCGAGAAGGCCAAGAAGAUCAUUGGACACAACGCAUAGGCUAAUGGCGCAUAAUGAGGGUGGCGUUUGUUUGUUUUCCGGUUGCUUGUUAUUUCUUCCUAGAUUGUGCCUGUACGCUUUUUUGACGUGAUGUGUAUGUGUGUACGUUUGUUUGUUUGCUGGUUUGUUUGAUUGCCUGGGUAACAUGGGGAUGGGAUUCGGUCUUGGAUUGGUUCGGGUGAAUGGUAUUGUUUUGCGUUGCCGUUGCGCUUGACGCUUUUCUAUGCUGUAUUUAUGGCUUUGGCUGGUGUUAUCGAAUACCUACCUCAAUCUUUUGAGCCUUUGUGCAUCGUGUGAACCAUAUGAUCUACC